AUGGCACGACAGCCACAAAGCAACGGAAAUAGCAGCCCGCGGUCCUCCACUCAUCGCCGCGCCCACUCAGACGUGAAGCUCGCCCGCGAAGCCUCCGCCACCAAUUUGAAGCGCAACCGUUCGCAUCACGACGUUGCACGGCGCAACAAGUCGUUUGAUCGCCUGCGCGCCCUCACCUCUGCGAAUAAACCGCGCACUGGCAAGAGGAAUCGAGAUUCUACCGGCGGAACCAGCACCGAACCUGCCGACCCCGCCAUGUCCUCUGCAGAUCGCGAAAUCGCGCUGCACAAGGAGUAUCUGACGUCACGACUUCUGAAACGGGCCCCCUCACACGGCGCCCCGCCCCAAAUCUCCUCCGCCAUCGCCUCGGUGCCUCUUUCGCAAUCGCAAAGCUCCUCCCGGCACCAUGUCUCAAGACUCCACCGCCCCCGCCACGCCCUUGACCAACACCACCGUCGUGAAUACCCCGCCAAUGACGACGGCCUCACCUCCCGCUUCAUCACCCGCCCCGGCUCGCACCUCCACCGCGAGGGCUCCUUUUACACCCAUGAGCCCGCUCCGGAUACCACGCGCUCCCUGGAGGCCAAGGCCCCUCGCCGCCCACGCUCCAUGGCGAACCUGACCACGGCCUCGUCGAGCAAAACCGAACCCUCCUCCUCCGCCGAGAAUAGCGACGACAUGCGCCAGCGCAGUAGGCGCAGACGGCCCGCCGCGCCUCCCGCCGAGACGUCUCGUACGCAGCAGAAGCUGAACCUUCAGCGUGCCAGCUCCGUCAUCGAGCCCGGUCAACCCCUUAGCGCCGCCGCCGUCGGCGGCCAGGGUAUGGGCAUGGGGCUCGGAAUGCCUCUGGGUAUGGGAAUGCCCGGCGCUAACUCGCUCGUCAACAUCCCCGGCGCCGCCUUUGACGGCGGCAGCUCUCGGGAUCCCCGCGUGGGCAGGCUGUUGGAGAGAACCGGGAUGGAGUACCGUGUUGUCCGGCGGUACCAGAACCCCGUCGUCCGAUCGCUCAAUCGCUUAGCCCACAUUCAGGGUGCGGACCGCCCGCGCCAGAUCCUCCCGCGGCGGCGCCAACGGCCUCGUGACCCCAGGCGUGGCCGCCACCCCUCCCGGCGGCCUCUCCCACGCCCGCCACGCGCGCACCGCGAGCAACCUGCCCCCGGUUCCUAG